AUCGAAAACAGCGAGUAAAACUCGUAGAAACGGUAUCGGACUGGAUGUCAGUAAAAGCAGGAGUUCCAGAAGGCACUAAAUUAGGUCCUAUUUUGUUCCUUAUUAUGGUAAAUGACCUUAUUCCACUUAAGAGCGAUUAUUGGAAAUAUGUAGACGACAUGUCGAUUUCGGAG